AUGGCCAAGGCUGCUCCUAUUUUGGAUGCCCAAAUAUCCCUCACAGAUGUUUUAUCUCCUUAUUAUUUGCAUUCGUCAGAUCAACCAAAUCUAUUCCUAGUCAAUACAUCUCUCAAUGGUGAUAAUUAUCCUACUUGGCGCCGAGCAAUCACUCGUGCACUAAAUGCCAAGAAAAAAUUGGGCUUCAUUCUCGGCACCAUCACACGUCCUGAUGGUGACACAGCAGCCGGACUUCUUUGGGACCGUUGUUGUGACAUGAUAAUGUCAUGGCUCCUCCAUUCAAUUGACCGUUCCCUUGCAGGCAGCCUCCUCUACUGCGCUACACCAAACGAUAAAUGGUUGGAACUAGAAACUCGAUUCCAGCAAAGCAACCGCACCAAAAUUUUUCGGCUCAAACGAGACUUAGCCAACCUCCACCAAGACCAACAAUCAAUCACUGAAUAUUAUGAAAAAUUGAAGGAACUAUGGGAUGAAUUAACCUCUUUACAAUCCAUCAAGUCGUGUACAUGUGGUGCUUCUAAAUCCCUCUCUGAGCUCCAAGAAUCUGAUCGUAUAUAUCAAUUUCUCAUGGGUCUCAACGAAAGUUUCGGACAACUUCACUCACAGAUUUUGGCCAUUGAUCCCCUGCCUUCAACAAUAGAUGUUAUGUCAUACUCCAUCAAGAAGAGACCCAGCGUCUAG